UUUAUUUAAUUGAAACACAAAUAAAUACUAAAUACAUAUAAAAUAAUAGUAUACACUAAGAAAGUAAGAUUUUCCAAAAAGUCAAACUCAAGGAAAGUACAACAACCUAAGAACGCAUAAGAAGCAGCAACAAAUCAAUUUGAGAACGUUACUGAGCAAAAAACAAAAACAAAAACAAUAAAAUCAAUACCAUUAACUACUUUAACGCCUACAAGUAGACACAAUUUUAUAUCAACCCAGCAACAAAACAAUAAGAGCAUACCCAUAAGAGUGAAACAAAAUAAACGGCGACGCUUUUACAGCAGCGCCAUUGGAGUAGAAUCGUCAACGCCUAAGCCAACACCAACAUCUCAAACAACAACAGAAACAAGGCCAGCCACCAAAAUGGACGAGACACAGCAUUUUUGUUUGCGUUGGAACAACUACCAAAGUAGCAUAACAUCGGCGUUCGAGAAUUUGCGUGACGAUGAGGAUUUCGUCGAUGUGACAUUGGCGUGCGAGGGACGCAGCAUCAAAGCGCAUCGCGUCGUAUUGUCGGCGUGCAGUCCAUAUUUUCGUGAUUUAUUGAAGAGCACACCUUGCAAACAUCCAGUGAUUCUCCUGCAGGAUGUCAAUUUUCUCGAUCUGCACUCGCUGGUUGAAUUUAUCUAUCACGGCGAGGUGAAUGUGCAUCAAAAAUCCUUGCAGUCCUUCCUUAAAACGGCAGAGGUACUUCGGGUCUCUGGUCUCACACAGCAACAGGCCGAGGAAACUCAUAGUCAAUUAGCUCAUAUACAAAAUUUGGCGAAUGCCGCCAACGCUACACGCACGCCCCACAACGCACACCACAUUGCCCCCCACGAUGAGCCGGCGUUAUAUUCGCGCAGCAGUGGCUCACCUCCACCACCCCCACCCACACAACAGCUGCCAUUGGCCUCCACACACAUCAACAGUCAGCUGUUUAAGCGCAGCAUGGCUAUGCUCAGACGCGAACGUCACAAUUCCACACCAUCGGCUGAGGACUCGAAUAAUGCUAUGAAACGUUUACGUGGACCCGAUAACGGUUUGCCGUCGAGCAGUAAUAACAGCCCGGAAAUUGUCCAUCCACGCAGUUCGUCACCACAAUUGACACCGGCCGAUUUCUCAACCAUCAAGCACAACAAUAACAACACACCGCCUCUUAAGGAUGAGAAACGUAAUGGACCCUCCGGCAAUGGUAAUAAUGGCAAUAGCGACACUGGCAAUGGUAAUGGAAACGCCAAUAGUGACAAAGUAGGCGGCAGCUUAACAGCCUCACCGCUGACACGCACUGCUGACGACGUCAAAUCGGAACCCAUGGAACUGGUCUGCUCCAAUAACAAUCCGACAGCAGUCGAUGAGCACAGCAAUGAUUCUACUGGUGAACAUGAGGCGAAUCGGUCCAUUAGCGGCGAAGGCGGCAAAGGUUCUUUGAGUUCGGGAAACGAUGAGGAAAUCGAUAACAAUAUGCAACAACAUCCACCGCCACCAUAUCUGAUGUCACCGGCAGAGAGCAAGUUAUUUCCGCCAGGCCCCUUCAAUUUCCCCAUGAGCGGUUUAGAUCCUGCUGCGUUAGCUGGUUUUAACUCGCAACUGCAGUCUGCUGCCGAAUUAUCAGUUUCUCCGCAAGGUUCGAGCAUUUGUGGCCUUAACCUCACCACUUUCCCCGGCAACUGCAAUGCUUCGAACAGUGGCAGCGGCGGCGCUAACUGUAGCAACAACAGCGCCGGUGGCAACACGUCGAGCUCCGGCGCCAACACGUCCAGCCUCUUGCCCGCCGCGCUCAUGCAGGCCAACUCCCAGAAUCAGCAUCAGUAUCAGCACCAGCACCAGCAUCAGCAUCACCAUCCACACCACCAUCAACAACAGCAUGGCCAGAAUGUCAGCAGCGGCGCGGGCAAUGGUUGCAACAGCAACAAUGCCAAUCUCAGCAACGCCAACAGCGCCGCCGUCCAGCAGUCGCAAAUGUUUGCCGCCGCCGCUGCUGCUGCCAUGGCAAACAUGGCGGCGGCAUCCAGCGGCACGACAGGCGUGGCGGCCGGCAAUGCGCACAACACCUCCGGCGGCAGCCUAACAACCGCCGGUAGCGGUGGCGCCGGCGGCGGUGACGAUUUUCGCUGCGAACCAUGCAACAAAAACUUGUCGUCGCUGACGCGCCUCAAACGCCACAUCCAGAACGUGCACAUGCGACCGACCAAAGAGCCGGUCUGCAACAUUUGCAAGCGCGUCUACAGCUCGCUGAACAGCCUGCGCAACCACAAGAGUAUCUAUCAUCGAAAUCUGAAACAGCCGAAACAGGAGAUCGGAAGCGGCGCGGAUGUGACACAGUCGCCGGGUAUGGCCGGCGUGGCCGUUAUGCACAACCCCUACUAUUCGUCGGUGAACCAUCGUUCAUCCUCAUAGGGUUUCAUGUACUUUGACUACCUGACCAAUGUAAAUUUUUAAGCAAACGCAACGGGCGGGCCAACUACACAAGCGCAAGGAGGGGGGUAGACGUUAGAAGCGAUUGUGGUGAAAUUGUUAUGUUUUCAGGUGCUCGUUAACAUACUUACAUAUAUAGGGAGUAAAUUUAUUAGACCGUUACGAUGGCUAAAUAAGUAGGCUUAAGUUAGGUUUGGACGCAAGCGCGACAAAAUUUAAACUUGUUUGUAUAUACAUAUAUACUUUACAUACUUACAUACAUAAAUAUGUACAUAGUAGCAGAAAAAACAGAGAGAGGAUACAUAACGAGUAUAUGAUGUGGGAGAUCGCACGAGCUUUCAGAAAUAGAUAGAUAGAGCGCGUACAGACAAGAAGAGUAGGGGAAAUAAAUGAAAGUGAUGAAGUGAUGCACCACAACACAACCUACUUAAUUGGCCAGCGCAAGCGUGCAGAUGAACAGUUUUAGUGUAAACGAAGGUGCGAUCCCUAAAAUAGCUUUAAUGUUCUCAAACUUACAACAGAAAUAACGCCUUAGAUAGUUUUAAUCCGCCUAUUUGCUAUGAAUUUUUUAUAUCAAAAAAAAAAAGUGUUUAGGAAUAAUUGGGAAUGUAUGCAUAGCCAUGCUUGUGUACGUAAAAUUGGAGGGCCGAACGACCGACCGACCGACCGACCAGCCAAACGACCAGCCGAUCGAACGACCACCGACCGAUCAGGUGAGCGCAAGCGUGCGUUACUGACGGUGACGCGCCGAAUUGAGGGAGAAAGUUAACGGUAUAAUCAUAGCAUGUAAAUAACUUAGAUUUUAGAUACAUAUAUCUAUCAAUAAUUCACCACAUACAUACAUACAUACAUUGUAUUUUGCUAGAUUAAGGCAUUUUAUGAGCGAUUGAGAUACUUUUUACUUCAGUUGUGUUCGUUUUUAAUAAAAAUCGUUUACUAAUAAACAUAUUCAUAUAUUUAAAUUUACAUAUACAGAUAUAUCUACAUAUGUAUAUAUAUAUAUACAUAUAAACGUAUUGUUAAUCUAGUACUUAGUUAGCGAAUAAAGCAUUUUGUUUAGAAUCGCAUAUUCGUGCAUACUUAUUAGUCUACACAAAAAAUGUUAUGUUUUAAAAAAUAAUACAAUAUGUAUAAUUAAAUAUUUUUAAAGUUCAUAAAUGAAAAACAAAAAAACAAAACAAAACUACAGUUUCUGGAUAUUUUGUAUGUAACGUAAUGUAUGUCACAGGUAUGUGUUGAAAGUAUACAAAUAGUCCAUAUAAUAUGUGUAUAAGUAUGUGUGUUUUCGCUAUCACAGUCGUGUGGUCGUGCUCUGGAACCAAUUGGUAUAGCGAUUUAUUUUGAAAUCUUUGAAAUCGCGCAGAGCAGUGCGUGCAGUGCAUAGUUGAGGCUACAAAUUAGAAAAAAAAAAACACUGUCAUGAAUGCAACCAAUCAAGCAGCAACAAAUCAGCAGCAUACAUACAUAUCUCAUUGUUCACACACUCAUCAACGAAUUACCCAAACAUAAAUUUCAAUUGGACUUAAACUAAAACUAAAUUAUUUUAUUUUAAAAAAUUUUAUAAUUUUUUUUUUUUACCUAUGCAUUUAAAUUAUUAGUUUCGAAAAUCAAAAGUAAAAAAAAAAUUAAAAUUUAAGUGAAACCCCGAAAAUCGCCAACUACAACACAUUACCCUGAACCCUCUGCCUCGCCAUCCAAACCUCUCCCACACACACGCCCCAGUGCCUUUCACUGAUGCCGUUACCGCCACAAAAACUACUACUACUACUACUACCACCACCAUCACAACCGCAAUCCACCCCGCACCCACCUAAUCAGCUAUGCGUCCGAGAUCCAGCGGAUCGAAAUAGCCGCGCAUUAUUUUACCACUCAAGCUUGGUGGGUUGCAGGUUGGUCUACUUCCCCUCGACAAAAAAAAAAAAUAAACCAAAUCAAAUAAUAAAGCGAAGAGAAGCAUCAAAAGAGACACUAGUGACAAAAAACUUUAAAAGCUUAACAGAAAAAAAGCAAAGAAAAUUUGAAAAAGGUAUAAAGAAAUUAAAUCAAAACAUAAACUACAAAUCAAUCAGGCCAAAAAUGUUUCAAAAUUACAAUAAAACAAUUCGAAAGUUUUCGCCAAAAAGGCAACGCAGAAAAAUUUUAUAAAAAAAAUAACAGAAAAAAUUAAUGAAUUUUUUUUCGCAAAUCGCGCUUAUAAAAACGAAAAUCUCGUUGAAAUCCCGUACUGGAGCACAAAGCAUGUUUUGUUUAUCUUACGUUUUUGUUUCGAAAUUCCAACAAUCGUGGCUACAAAAUUUAGCCGCGCAACGUAACUCACGCUCGGUCGCAAACGGAUAAGCAACAGUUAUAGCAAUUGGUUCCAAUGACAUUGGGACGCGCAGUCCUCCGCUAGCUUAUGCCACGAGAGCGAGGAGAGGAGAGAGCGCUGUCGCGAGCAAUGGAAAGGCGACUGGUACUCCAAUUGGCGUACCAGAUACCUAUCAUAUUGCCACCACAACGUUUUCUUCUCAUCAUGCUUUGCGUUUGUAUGUGUAUGAGUUUGAAACGAAAUGCAGAACCCGAUCCCCGAAUAUAUUCUAACCACUUCUAAGCCUUAACUCCAAUAUCGAAGAAGAAGACCAACGAUUUACUGCCAUAACAAAUUAUUUGGCUUGUUGAUACAAAAGUAAAGUAAGAAGUAAGAGAAUUUUUCAACAACAAGAACAACAGCAACAGAACAGUUAAACGUUUGAACAUUUGGUUCGCAUUUCUCAUAUCGAAAUUGAUUUAUUACAAAAUUCUAAUGAUACAUUUUUGAGCCUGGAUUUGUUAGUGUACAAAGACAUUUAAACACAAAAAACAAA